CGAGGAGGAGUCUGCCGGUGGACUUCCAGUAGCUGCUUGGCCGCCGCCUUCUCCACGCUCCCCUCCUUCCUCCCAUCAUCAUCAUCAUCAUCUGCAGCAGCAGUCCAGUGCCUCCCGGACCUUUGAAGAAAGCGCCCCCUCCCCACCAUCUCAUCCUCUCCAUCAGUCUCCUCGGCACCUCCCUGCGUGCCACGAUGGGCUGCAAGCGCCACACUACCUUGUUGUGUUGAUACCGAGAUAUUUCAGUAAUCAAAUAUGAAUCAUGCGUUUGAUAUUUCUGGACACUUUGCUCGUCAGCAUUCUCACGGUUUGGCUCCACAUAUCACCAGCGUCAUCCGCUUCUCACAGUGCAGAGGACAAGGUUGAGAGGGACGCAGUGCCGGUGAAGCAACAGGCGACUGCAGCACUCGCUUCAGAAAACAAAAUCCACCAUGUGGUCGGGCAGGUGAUCGCCUACCCAUCUCGUCUCAUCUACUACCUGAACGAGGACUCAGAGAGUGCCUGCCAUGACCUGGACACGCGGGCCAAAAGCCAAACCGCACAGGGUCAGGCGAUCCACCUCGCUCAGGUCAGCUUCCAGCUAGAGGCAUUCGGCACCCAAUUUGUUCUCGAUCUAACACUGAACAAUGAUCUGCUUUCUUCAAAUUAUGUUGAGAUCCACUACGAGGGUGAUAAACCUGUCCUAUCAAAGGGCGGUGAACACUGUUACUAUCACGGGCAGGUGAGAGGCAACAGUGAAUCCCGUGUGGCCUUAUCUACCUGCAAUGGGCUGCAUGGGAUGUUUGACGAUGGAGCCUAUGUAUACCUAAUUGAGCCACUGCAACAGACUCAUUUGAUUGACACAGAUGGAAGGCCACACCAGCUCAGAAGAACUGCCUCGCUCCAAUGGAAAAAUGAGUCACAGCAUCUGGAGGAGGCAGAGAGACUCUUCUCAGAGCUAGAUGACUUGUCCUGGCUGAAGCGCCGGAAAAAGCGAGCUGUAUCUGUAUUUGAGGAGAUGAAAUAUUUGGAGAUCAUGAUUGUCAGUGACCACAGUAUGUACAAACGACAAAAAACCAAGCAGCAAACAGGGAAUUUUGCCAAGUCGGUGGUGAAUCUUGUGGAUGCUGUCUUCAAAGAGCAGCUGCGGACGCGUGUGGUGCUGGUUGCUUCAGAGAUCUGGACAGACAAAGAUCGUAUUCCGGUGAGCGUGAGGCCUUUGGAAAUGCUGCGGGAUUUUUCCAAGUACCGCCAGCAGAGCAUCAAGCACCACGCCGACGCCGUGCACCUCUUCUCAAAUGUGACCUUUCACUACCGAAGAAGCAGUGCAGCCUACUUUGGGGGCAUGUGUUCGGUGAGCCGGGGAGUUGGCGUCAAUGAGUAUGGCAGCACAUGGUCAAUGGCGAGCUCGUUAUCCCAGAGCCUGGCUCAGAAUCUAGCCAUCCAGUGGGACCCCGCAUUGAAGAGAAAGGAAUGCGGUUGCACUGAGUCAUGGGCUGGCUGCAUAAUGGAGGACACUGGAGUCCAACACCCACGAAGAUUCUCCAAGUGCAGCAUCUCGGACUACAAGGAUUUCCUCUUGAAAGGUGGAGGCUCGUGUCUGUUUAACAGACCGACAAAGCUGUACGAGCCCACCGAGUGCGGGAAUGGAUUUGUGGAAGUGGGAGAGGAGUGCGACUGCGGCGCGAGAGCUGAGUGCUACAAGGGAUGCUGCAAAAAGUGUUCGCUGGCCAACGGGGCGCACUGCAGCGACGGCCCCUGCUGCAAUACCACGUGCCUGUUCUUCCCAAGAGGUUACAGUUGCCGCUAUGCUGUGAAUGACUGCGAUAUCUCAGAGACGUGCACUGGGGACUCUGGACAGUGUCCUCCCAACCUUCAUAAACAAGAUGGAUACCUCUGCCAGGUGGACCAGGGACGAUGUUACAGUGGAGAGUGUAAGACCAGAGAGAACCAGUGUAGAUACAUCUGGGGAUCAAAGGCUGGAGGCUCCGAGAAGUUCUGCUACGAGAAGUUAAACACAGAGGGCACCGAGAAGGGCAACUGCGGAAGGGACGGCGACAAAUGGAUUCAGUGCAGCAAACACGAUGUCUUCUGUGGUUACCUCUUGUGUUCUAACAUCGGCCGCAACCCCCGCAUUGGAACCAUGAAAGGCGAUAUCACCCCCACUUCUUUUAACCAUCAAGGCAGACUGAUUGACUGCAGUGGUGGACACGUUCUUUUGGACGAUGAGACCGAUUUAGGCUACGUGGAUGACGGGAGUCCUUGUGGGCCGUCGAUGAUGUGCCUUGACCACAAGUGUCUGUCCAUCCAGUCACUCAACAUAAGCACCUGCCCCAUUGGACCUAAUGGACAAGUGUGCUCCGCCCACGGGGUGUGCAACAAUGAAGCCACAUGCACUUGUGACUCCACGUGGGCAGGGACAGACUGUAGUAUGCCUGACCCUCCUAAAGUCGUUGAGACUACUCCAACUCCUGGUCCCAAAGGUCCUAGUGCCACCAAUCUAAUAAUAGGCUCCAUCGCCGGAGCCAUCCUUGUGGCCGCCAUAGUGCUGGGGGGGACUGGAUGGGGUUUUAAAAAUGUGAAGAAGCGGCGCUACGACCCCAACGCCACAGCCAUUUAACUCCGAAGAGGCAAACGCCGAUCACUGACGGACUCCUCCGAGGCGUCUUUAGUUUGCUACCCGACAGCUGGACUGCACUUAUUGCUGCUGACCUUCGGCAUUAGAUUUACUUGAAUAAUAAUAAUACAUAUUAAAAAAAGAAAAGAAUAUAGUGGACAUUUUAACAAAUUCCAGUGUAGUGACAUUAGACGCGCGCAACCUUUUAGCCUUUUCACAUCACCCAUCACACGCAAGCCUGAUCUGUAGAAUGACGGAGCUCCUCUACCGCCUCCUUUUUCAGUGCCAGUGCACAGGUGCCGAGUCGGGUUCCACGCUGCUCUCACACCCGGCACCUGCUCUCUACGCGUCAGGCGCUAAUACUGGCCCUCUGGCAUGAAGAGCGCCUCUCCACGGGCUCUGCAUGGCUGCGUAAGCUGUGAAUAUUCAGCAAAAACACAUCCUUCCAAAGGGAGAGGAAAUCAAUGCUGGAGGAAAAAGCCUCAUUCAAACGACCGUAUGACACUGGGCUGCAUGUGAGAAACAGGCCAUAGAGUGAAUGCUGUCGAAAAUUGUACAUAAUUCUAGCAUUUCAUCUUUGAAAUGAUUUUCCAAUGACUUUUUUUGUUUACAUUAGCAUGUUUUAUAGCAGGCUAUUAAAACAUUAAUAAUUCAGAUGCGGGGCCAAAAAUGUAAACCUCUGGCGCCUCGUCGUGGGGCGGCCAAGAGAAGCAUGUCAGCUCUAGCCAGAUUAGGUGCGACACACGGUCCCGUCGCAGUAUUGAAGUUGAAGAAAAAGCCAAAGAAGCAAUCACCAUGAACAUAUGGAUGUUGCACACGGAGCACUUUGCCCUCUGUCGUGUCCAGCCGGGGCUCACCCAUCAAUGCACCACCACAUCCGGCUUAGCCUUUUACCCUCUUCGUAGGUUUCAAGUCGACAGGAAACGCUGCAUGCAAUCACUAUUCUAUAGUGGGCUUAUAAUAAUUCUAUAUGGGAGUCCCCCAGGAUCUGUAAGAAAAUAUGCUACAAAAAAAAAAAAAAAAAAAAAAAAAAGAUAAGGUGCAUGUCAACAAUGAAACAUUUAACUUUUAUUUACUAUGCAACGGAGAGAUAUUGCACAAAAGGGACAAGAUGUGGAAUUUGAAAGAAAAAAAAACUUUCCGCUAAUCAUCAAAUUCUAUAUUUGGCCUCUCCUUCAUCUUGUUCCAUUUUGCUUCAAAGACAAAACACUAAAAAGAGCUUACUCAUAUUUUCAAUGGCGAGAAAGCAAUUGAGAGCACUUCUUUAUGCGUGUGUGUGUGCGCGCGUGUGUCCCAUCUGAUGUUUUUAAUCAUAUUCACACUAAAUGGUGCCUGUACAUACCGAGGUCUCGUGCAGGGUUCUUCUCGUUGUCCUCUCCAGAUGGUGGUGGGUGUGUUUCCUCCAUGUCCCUCAUCUGCUUGUCCACAGUCCUCUCUCACUGCAUCAUGUACACUUGAACUAGUCAAUAAACUACUGACUCAUUUUAACUCUUUCUCUUCUUUUUCACUUGUUUUUUUCUCUGACACCUUUCCUCAACAGCUACCGGCAGCAUAUGUGAACUUAAAUAUCCUGUGAACUGAAAUCCUAGACUUGUCUCUAAAUAUACUAUACAAUAAGGGUGUAACAGUACAUGUAUUUGUAUUGAACCGUUUCGGUACGUGGUACUCGGUUCGGAACGGAGGCGUACCAAACGAGUUUCUAACGUAAUGUAACCCUUACUUUUCGAGGCUGCGAGUCGAUCGGGUUACAGUUUCUUGGUGUAGAUUAUAUUUACUCCGUCUUCUCUACUAUAACGCAGACCAAAACGGUAGGACAGUAUAACCCAGAAACGUCAACGGCGCGACAACGUGGCCACCGCGAGAACGCAGUGAAACGCGGGCGUUAGAGUCAAUCAGCCAAUGCACACCAGUCGCAGUGCGGCCGCGUGUUAGACGCGUCCCAGAAGCGGCUCAACACGACGCAUGUGAAAAGAACGGCAGAGUUUAUUAUUUGACGCUACACGCGACCCUCCUGCAUCAAUACUACUACCGGUAGCUAGGAUCGGGCAGAACGGAAGUCAAUCGUGUAAAAAGAUGGUGGAUCCGGUCGAUUUUCAAACUAAUAUGCAAUCGUAACCUACUUUUUGACUCCAUCAGAUCUCUUGAGUGGUAGAUCGGGACACAGUUGACUUGUCUUUGUUGAUUUACUGCUGUCUUCUCUGCUUUAGUAAUAACCAACACGGCCCCGUGUUCAAUACAAAACCUUCCUACCACAACAAAACAAGUAGGAACUAAUAUUCACAUAGGAACUAAAGUUAUACAACAUAAAAUAUACAAUAUAAAUGAAUACUACAUCACUUUUGUAAAAUAUAAACACAUAAUAAAAUAAAUAAUAGCCCAUUUAAAUAAAAUAAAUUGAAAUGAGCUAAAACACCUGUAAUUAAAUGAUUAGAAUAAUACACAGAUCCUGCUUACACAAUUAAAUUUAUAAACUUCUGUGUGGCACUUUAACUUGAGAAAAUCCACCAAUAAAGCUUUUGAAAACCGUUCAUGAGAAGAAAAAAAAAUCAUUGAGGCAUUUCAUUUGUAAAAUACAUGUUAAAAUCUUUGUCAUUGGGAUUGCUUUUCUCUGUAGCACAGGACUUCUUUUUUCAGAAAGAAAGCUGACCAAUACGUGUGGUCUGAAAGGCAAAUUGUUGUUGGAUUAUCUUUAAAUACCCGCUACUUUUUGAGCAAAAUUCUAGCUUUGUAUAGGCUAAUGUUCCUAUUGUUGAAAGCACAAAGGUGUGUAAUAAACAACUAGCACAUUUAUAUUUUGCAUUUUGUUUUCUUACUGUACCGAAAAUGAACCAAACCGUGACCUCAAAACCGAGGUACGUACCGAACCGAGAUUUUUGUGUACCGUUACACCCCUAUUAUACAUGUUUGAAAACAAUUGCUUAAACGUACAUGAAGGCUGAGAACUAUCUAGUCUUUCACUGUGGAUGUACAGUGCUUACCAAAAAUAUUGGCACCCCUUCAAUUCUGUCAGAUA